AUGGGCAGCCCCGAGCCCCCGUCCUCCGCUCCCUCCUCGCCGGACGAUGCUGCCGCCGCUGCUGCUGGUGGGUGUAUGUUUUUUUUUUCUUUGCCCCCACGCAGUGCUCUCCUUCCCGCGCUUGCCCUCCUUCUCUGUGAAUACGCACAUAAAUACACGAGUGUCUUCCAGACACACGCACGCGCGCGUUUUGAAGCGGCGCUCUGGAGUCAAGCGUGGGAGGGCAGUGUGAGUCGCGGUUGCAGCGAGAGGUGCGGUGGCUGCGCCGCAGGGUUUUCAAUGCUGCGCCACACACGUCUGUGGCCCGGUGCGGUGUCGACAGUGGCGCCCUCGCUGCUGCGCCGUGCGGUGGCGCUGCGGUGGGGGGUACUCGGCCUGCGGUGGGACGGCGACACGAACAUGUGCGUCCUUGCGGAUGGGCCGGCGGAUGGCCUUCCACGCGGCACGCGACUGGAGAUGUACGGCGCCACGGCGCGACUCGUCAGGACCUGCGCAGGCGGAAGCGGAGUGGAAGUUGUGGCGCCGGACUUCUUAACGGCCGUUGCGGGGGUUGUGGAGGCGGCGGCGUCGGAAGACAUGCGGGGGGGAGUCGCGGGGGUGGGACUCGCGCCGCAGCCUCCGCCUGACGGCGUGCUUGCCGAGUGGCUCAUCACCACCCAACCGCAGCAGCAGCAGACAGCAGUUCCCCUUAUGGAAGGCGGGGUGGUUUUCGAAUCCCCACGUGCGGCGGGGCCUCGAGUCCUUCGCGCGGCGCGGCAGACAUUUGCCCAGCUGUUGGCACGGGAGAUGCGGGGACGACCGUCCUCGCCUGCAUCUUCCCCCGCCCCCGCCGCUGCUGCUGCUGCUGCUGCUGGUGCUGCUCAGCCAAUCGCCAUCCUUGACGUGAGUGACGCGGAUUGUGCCUUCAGUCGUGUUGCGGUUCACGUCUGCGUGGAGGGCGGCCUAGAGCUGGAGCGGGACUUCCACGUCAGCUACGUUCCCCUCAGCGAGGCGGCGGCGGCGGCGCCGGGUGAGAAGGAAGCAAACGUCACAAGUCUCCUGCGCCUCGUGGCCCGCCCCCAGCACCGCCCAGAGAAGGAACCGCUGCGUGCGUUGCCGUCCUGCCACUUUGUUCUUGGCUGCUACACAGUCCAUGGCGGACGGCCGCGAGAGGCGAAGGCGUCCCUCGGGCUCGAGCUCGCCCACGUGAUUUCAAAACUGCACCGCGGUGGGACGCUGCUCGUGAAUCUUCUUGAAGCUCAGCCGCCGCCGCCGCCGCAGCGGGCGCAGGCGGGGGGGCGAGAGGACGUGGCACUCCUGCGGCGAGAGGCCAAAGCCGUCGUCGCGGAGGCCCUGUCGCGCAGUAGGCGGUGGGGCGUCAUCAGCGACGAGGUGUUGCCGGCAGCCGACUGCAACGACGCCGCGGUCUCCCUCGUUGUAUCGCUCGACUAA